AUGCUCUUGGUUACAAAAUCGCUCAAGAAUCAGACGAAUUCUUCCCAGCUGCCAUUCCUUUCUGCCCCCCGUCAUUUCCUCACUGUCCCACAAGCCCAUCAAGAUCGCGAAUCACAACUGUGGGGCUCCAAUAAGGGCGAAGUCAGCCGAAAAGACAUCAUGGCUCCCCGAUCACCGCUUAGCAUGCGCGCUCUCCUCGGUCUCCUCUCCAUCACCGUCGCGAUUCUCGCCGCGCUCGUUCCGACUGUCCUGUCCCGCGGGUUGGCAUCUCCGGUCUACGACAGCGCGUCACGCGGCGGGAUUCCCACCCACAUUCACCUUUCGAGAUUGAGAAGAGGCCUGUCGCCCGACGUGCCACGCGUGCCCCUCCACGUCGUUUUCCACGGCACGUGGGGCGCUGCUGACGUGGCCCUCGUGGAAGAUUUCGUCAGGGAUUUGCCAGCGCAAGGUUACGAAUCGCUGGCUCAGCUGGGAUCCGUGGCCGUUGAUAACAAUUACUACGGCGUCAACUCAGCUGAAGCCGUUCAGCACCAAAUUGACAUCGGCGCGCUUCCAUUCAACCGCGCCGCGCUCUACCUGCUGGUUACCAGCGGCGACAUCGCAGUAACCAUCGGCGGCGAAACCUUCUGCGAAGACUACUGCAGCAAGCAGACGACUCUCAACCUGCGCGGACCCGAUGGGUCCGUCGCGGAAACCAAGUUCAUCCACGCGGGUGACGUGUUCGCGCGCUGCCCCGAUCGCUGCACCUUCCGCGCCGCUCACUCAGAUGAGCCCAACCCACUCCGCCACCUCCUUCGCCACCUAGGCUCGGCAAUUACCGAGUCUGUUCCCGGACCUGAUGCCGGGCCCAUCAUUGCAUCCGAGUUCCCCGACCGUGAGCCCCUGUCUCCAGCCACGGUUGCCGAGCCAUCUGCUUCUGGUUCGGCACCGGAGCAAGAGGAGGGGAACGCCACCGCUACAACCGCCAAGAUGUGUGCCGCCUACCCAUCAGAGACCUUCAUCCAUGCCAUUACCUACGGAAGCAACUCCUCAGGUGUUUCUUCAGGUGGCCUUGCAGGCGACAUCCACACAUGCGCAGCUGCUUCUGUGGGGCCUAAGGUUGUUCCUCCAACUGUUGCUGGCCGGGCCAAGUAA